CUCACAAUUGGGCUGAGCACAAUUGAACCAUGGGGGAACACAGUCCAGACAACAACAUCAUCUACUUUGAGGCAGAGGAAGAUGAGCUGACCCCCGAUGACAGGAUGCUCAGGACCCUGGCACUUUGGAGGAUGAAGAUGAUGAUGGACAGUGUGGAGAACCCUUGCCUUUUCUAGUAGGGGGUGAAGAGGGCUUUCAUCUAAUUGAUCAUGAAGCAAUGUCCCAGGGUUAUGUGCAGCACAUUAUAUCACCAGAUCAGAUUCAUUUAACAAUAAACCCUGGUUCCACGCCCAUGCCAAGAAAUAUCGAAGGUGCAACCCUCACUCUGCAGUCGGAAUGUCCAGAAACGAAACGUAAAGAAGUGAAGCGGUACCAGUGCACCUUUGAGGGCUGUCCCCGCACCUACAGCACAGCAGGCAACCUGCGCACCCACCAGAAGACUCACCGAGGAGAGUACACCUUUGUCUGUAAUCAGGAGGGCUGUGGCAAGGCCUUCCUCACCUCCUACAGCCUCAGGAUCCAUGUGCGAGUGCACACGAAGGAGAAGCCAUUUGAGUGCGACGUGCAGGGCUGUGAGAAGGCGUUCAACACGCUGUACAGGCUGAAAGCACAUCAGAGGCUUCACACAGGGAAAACGUUUAACUGUGAAUCUGAAGGCUGCAGCAAGUACUUCACCACACUCAGUGAUCUGAGGAAGCACAUUCGAACCCAUACAGGAGAAAAGCCAUUUCGGUGUGAUCAUGAUGGCUGUGGAAAAGCAUUUGCAGCAAGCCACCACCUUAAAACUCACGUCCGUACACAUACUGGUGAACGACCCUUUUUCUGCCCCAGUAACGGCUGUGAGAAAACAUUCAGCACUCAGUACAGUCUCAAAAGUCACAUGAAAGGUCACGAUAACAAAGGACACUUAUACAAUGCACUUCCAACUCACAAUGGAUCAGAGGAUGCAAAUCACUCACUUUGUCUGAGUGACUUGAGCCUUCUGUCCACAGAUUCUGAAUUGCGAGAAAAUUCCAGUACAAUACAGGGCCACGAUCUCAGCACACUUUCACCAGCAAUCAUCUUUAAAUCCAUGUUCCAGAAUUCAGAUGACACGGCAAUUCAGGAAGAUCCUCAACAGACAGCUGCCUUGAUUGAAAGUUUUAAUGGUGAUGCAGAGUCAGUCAGUGAUGUUCCGCCAUCCACAGGAAAUUCAGCAUCUUUAUCUCUUCCACUUGUACUGCAGCCUGGCAUCUCCGAGCCACCCCAGCCUCUACUACCAGCCUCAGCACCGUCUGCUCCUCCGCCUGCUCCCUCCCUAGGAACUGGUUCCCAGCAAGCUGCAUUUGGUACCCCCCCUGCUCUCUUACAACCUCCAGAAGUGCCUGUUCCCCACAGCACACAGUUUGCUGCUAAUCCUCAAGAGUUUCUUCCGCACCCUCAGGCACCGCAGCCCGUCGUACCCGGACUUUCUGUUGUUGCUGGGGCUUCUGCAUCAGCAGCGGCAGUGACAUCAGCCGUAGCAGCACCGCCCCAACCACAAAGUACUACUGAGCCCCUGCCAGCCAUGGUCCAGACUCUACCCUUGGGUGCCAACUCGGUCCUAACUAAUAACCCUACUAUCACCAUCACCCCGACUCCCAGCACGGCCAUCCUGCAGUCCAGCCUAGUCAUGGGAGAACAGAACUUGCAAUGGAUAUUAAAUGGUGCCACCAGCUCACCACAAAACCAAGAGCAAAUUCAGCAAGCAUCUAAAGUUGAGAAGGUGUUUUUUACCACUGCGGUACCAGUAGCCAGUAGCACAGGGAGCCCUGUACAGCAGAUUGGCCUCAGUGUUCCUGUGAUCAUCAUCAAGCAAGAGGAGGCAUGUCAGUGUCAGUGUGCAUGCCGGGACUCUGCCAAGGAGCGGGCAACUGGCAGGAGAAAGGGCUGUUCCUCCCCACCCCCUCCGGAGCCCAGCCCCCAGCCUUCUGAUGGGCCAGGCCUGAAGAUACCACCACAGACUUUCUCCUCACCCUCUGUCACCCUGUCAUCCUCCUCUACUGUACCCUCUUCCUGUGAGCAAAGCAGACAAGCAGAGACUCCUCCAGACCCUCAGACAGAAACGUUAAGUGCCAUGGAUGUGUCAGAGUUUCUGUCCCUCCAAAACCUGGACACCCCGUCCAAUCUGAUUCCCAUUGAAGCACUACUGCAGGGGGAGGAGGAGCUGGGCCUGACCAGCAGCUUCUCCAAGUGAAAGGCCCGAUGUGCUCCCCUUUAGGAAGAGAGGGCCAGCAGGAAGCAUACAUGAGGUGUGAUGCCUACCAUCGUGGGAUUGGCGAUUUGAAGGAUGAAGAAAUCUACUGUUUGAAAUCCUCACCUUUCAGAUGUAUUUUCUUUAUUCAUAUCCCAGGAGCAUCCAUUUUAAGGAACUGAUCUUUGGGAAAGAAAAAAAAACAACAAAACAAAACAAAAAAAAGCUAAGUUAUAAAUGAACUGUUUGGCUGCACUGUAUGUCACUUUUGCUUAUUGUCAUGUGAACUUGGAAAUUAAGGUUACUCGUAUGCAUAAAAAUUCGAAGUGAAAGGGUGUGGUUUCCAUCAAUGUGAUGUUGCCCAUCACUUGCACUGGGGCCUUCUGGUUUGGGCAGUGGGAUUCAGCGUGUCAGGUGUUGCUCCUCCUUGUGUGUCUUUUGAGACUGAGGCCAGAGCUUGCUCUGAAGGCCAGACCCUCGCUCCAUCAGAGGGGGAAGUGGCAAAGGCAGGUCAGACAGCUGUGAGCUGGACAGGACUUGGGUAAAAUGGUUUUGCUGUUUGCGCCUGGUGUCAGUGGAGCUCAGAGUGACUGUGGCAGGUGUCAUCCCGAAUCCAGCUGCAGCACAGAUGGGCAGCUAAAAGCCUGGCCCGAAGCUGUGGUGGUGAUCUGGUUCUGCAGGGGCCCUAGCGAGCUGUUUGCUGUCUGUCAAUGAUGCGUGUGCAGAGCAGGCUCUAGCAACAUGAUCACAGUCUUUGCCUUCCUGGUUCUUUCUGUCUCUCAGUUGGUUGCCGGGUUUGCAGAUUGCAGUGAUUUUUUCUUGAGGAACAUCCCUAUUUUGUCCUAGAGUGGACAUACGGCCAGUGGCCAAUUGCUGGUUGGUGCUCUGCCUUCCUUUAAUGGUAUUUUUCUUCCUCAGAGCAGAAGAGCUGCAUUUUGCUUAUCAGAAGGUGUAGCGUUAAGGGAGGUUUUUUUAAGGUGGCAUGUUAUUGGCAAGCCAGGUUCCAGGUUCUAGCCAGGCUUUUGGUUGCCCCUCGCAUCUCCUCUCUCACCCCACUGAAUUUUGCAUACAGCCUAGUACAGUGCAAAGAAGGAUGUGACUUGCUCAGCUUAGUCAUAUGAUUUCUAAACAAAAACAAAAAAUAAAAACACAAAACGAUGAUCUUCUACUCAGGGUAAAACAAACAAACAAAAAAUUUCCCUUCCACCAAAAAGCCUGAAAUGUUGCAAUAAGUUAUCUCAUCUGGAAUGUUUCAUUAAGUUGUGUUAUAGAAAAGAAGAAUUGUUUUUGAUUUGUGUAUAGAAUUACAUCCAUCUGUCUGCCUUUUGCUCCAAGUCAUUGCCUCUAAACAUAAAACAUAAAAUACAAUCCACACUAAAAUGGAAAGUUUCUCUCAACUGGCUAUUAAUGUAGUCAUGAGUGCUCACCAAGCUCACUGAGCUCAGAAACUGGGCAUUGCCCAGUGUCUAGACUGGGCCUCUGUCCCCCAAGGGCCCCUACCCUACCUUGUGCGAGGAGAGGUUUCCACGAACAGGGCUGCUCUUCUGAGUCAACGAUGUCAGGCAGAAAGUAACUAUAAAUUGCCUUUCUUUCCCCCUCCCUAAUGUAAAGAGAUCUGCAUUUGUCACUCCCCUGUUCACUGAGCCAUUAUUCGGCGCCAGCCGAGACAGUAUCCAGAGCAGAUCAUUUUGGGAGCCAGAAGCCGCCUUCAGCAUGGUGUUCAGGGACAGACUUGAACAAGAGUCUGUGGUGGUAAAUUUUAUUGCCAUGAGAAAUGGGCUUAGCCACAAGCGGCUGGUAGUUUCUCAUUCCAGAAGUCUAGGCAGGAGAAUUGGUUUCUUUUUGACCUGACUCCCCUCCCCAAAAGGCUGUGGGUUCCAGCAACCAUUCAGCAGAAGUUGAUAAGGCAGGAGGACUUUCCUAUUAAUAUUACAGUAGGUUGGUCCUGGAAAACCAACUGCCGAGCAUGGCUUGUCCUUGGCUGUCUCUGGACCUUGAACCCAUAGGAAGCUUUGAGGUAGGACCCUUCCUGUUUUCUCUACCUCUUCUGAGAGAGAGCAGCACAAUAGGAUCCCAAAGGUAGUUCACAUUGGAGGGCAAGAAUGACCUCCUCCGACAUACCUAGUCACCUGGGAUUCAGUUCCCUGGGAGCAGGUGGCAAACAGGAGCCCAGGGAAAGCUGCUAGAAGGGUCCAUGAUUUAAAUGUUGCUUCCUUCUGGUAGCCAACUCUGUGCUGUCGUGUUGUCUGCCCAGGUCAGUAGUUUUUCCACUCUCCAAAGAUUGGAGAUGAUGAAGCAGCAUCUUAAAACAGUGUCUAGGCGGACAGAUUUUUCUGGUUGAAGUAUCUGCCUUGUGAGGGUGACUCAAGAUUACAAGGGGGACUCUCAAACCCAGUCAGCUUGUGAAAAAUCAGGAGUGUGCUUAAAAUGUUCGUGAGCGGCUGUAAAGAGCAGCUUAUCCCACAGGCUAGGCCAAUUGUCCUUUCCUUCCUCUUCCAGCACUCUCUCCCCACCCGCUUCUGUAAUGAGCCUGGCCGUCAGUGCCAGGGCCUGGGAGAAGAGAGGGCCACUGGCUCAAGUGGAGCCAGACAGAGCCUUCAUGGAGAGUGUGGUUUCCCAAACCCGGGAAUGAACCUAGGGUAAGUUUAGGGAAUUCUAGCAGGUGAAAUCAAGCCUUGUGCUUCCCAUGGUGACCUUAACCAUUUUCUCACCCUGUAGAUUUAUACUUCCAGUUCCCACUAGCAUCUCUAGUUACACUGCUCCUUUACAGGGUGCUAGUCAGCAUCGGGAAUAGGAGUUCAUGUGCUUAGGAAGUGAUAGGAAACUGGCUGGCACUGCCAAGCUGCCUUAGCAAAAUGUGGCCCUUCCCAGGCGGGGGGUGGGGCAUUGAGGGAAAGUGGCCCUGCCUCUCCUGGCCGGGCCUGGUCAACCUCAUGGGGGGCAUCACUAGUUUGGUGACAGGAGUUAGUGUCAUUUAUUGAAUCCCUCCCACCCCAUCCUUUUAGGAGAUCUUGGUACAAAGCCUGGGAGGGGCCUUAAUGAGUGAAGACCUCUCUGGGUGAAAGCAGGGACUUCCCUUCACCACCUCUGGGACAGUCAGCUUGGAGAGUUUACCUUCACUGUCAAGGCAGUGGACUGAUGGGGAUAAUGGAGGGCGGGUGGGUUUCUUGAGAGACUGUAUAAUGCUGAAUGUGUCCAGAGGGACGAGUUUGCAGAACCUCAUAUUGGUAUAUUAAAGAAAUAAUAAAAUAAAAAAGCACUUUAGGUUAUUUUAUCUUUAACCCAAUUGCUGCAAUUUCUUUUGUGUGUGUGUGUGUGUGUGUGUGUGUGUGUACUUUCCACAAAGUUUUAUUUUUUGCUCAGAAUAAAAAGUUAAAUUGAGGUGUGAAAAGAAAAGCACUUACCUUGGUGCAAUAUGUGUAGCUUGAUGGUCGUUGUCCCAUGUGGCCCUGGCCUGGCGGCAUUUUCUGCUCCAUCAGCCCUGUACCAGGAGGCUGUCUAGGGAAACACUAUUAUGCAUUCUCAGCAACUGCUCAAUCUAUGCAAGCCUUCCCUGUGUGCCCGAGGGCGCCCCCUCAGGCUCUCUAAAGAACUGCUGCAGGUCCUGUUUUCUUCUGCUGACUGUUGAGGCCGUUUUUCAUCACUUCUUGCACCCUUGCCAUCUUUCCCCUCUUCACCAUUACAAAGUGAUGCCUGAAAGGAAGGAACAGGUUGUUCCUAGGUAGAAACCUGGCACCUUCUAGACUUUUCUAUGUGUAAUCAUGUCCAUUGUUCUUAAUCUUAAAGACUUCUCCAGAGUCACUUAAACCAUUGAUUUGUGGAACUGCAACAGUAUUGCUAAAGACUUCAGUUUUCCUACAUCACCAAUCAGAAAUAUGUUUGGGAAGGUGUUAGUAGUGGGGAGGCAACAUGAGUCAUUUCUUCACUGUUCCCAUACUGCCCGUGUUGGCUCGUUAAGCCAAAAGGCCUCCAGCCUUCAUUAAAUCCAAUAAACAAAGCUGUUAAUAAUUUGCUUUAUUAACUUUUUCCCUUCCCCCUUACUCCUCUCUUGUUCUCCCUCCCACCCCAUUUCAUCUUCAGUCUCAGGCUAUGAUACAAAAGAAACGUUUAAAAAUACUUCAGCCAAAGCAGAAAUAUUACCAUAGAUCCAGUAUGCAAAGGAUUCUGCUGUGACAUAGAUUGGAAUUGUUCAUUCCUUAAUAUUUGGGGAGGGGAGGCAACAAAACUGAAUUAUGCAUAUUUCUGAUUGGUAACCAGUUUAGCCUGUUUCCUCUGGGUUAGUUUUGGGGAAGAGGGAAAGCAUCCUGCUGUUUCUUCUCAUGCCCUUUGGGGAAGCUGAUGACCACUGUUAGGGCAUUUCUCACUGUUAAUGCCUGUUCAAGAGAGGGCUUCUCAGUCUGCACUGAAAAUGCAAAUUAAACUGGAUCUUUAUGUCAAUGUGUACAUAGUACAAGCUUUUUUACUGGAUGCAAAGUUUAAAACUACACACUGCCCUUUUUGGUGGUGUGCCUGCUGGGCCAAAAAUUGGGUAAUAAUGUGGUGUCACUUUCUCAGCUCAAUGCAGUUUCUACUCUUUUUCUUAUGGGAAAGUUUUUCAUAAAAACCUUUUUCACCAAAACCCAGGGGUGUUUUUUGCAAUAUCCUUGUUAUCCUCGUAGUGGUGCCAAGUCAGAGGCCUCUCUUGCCCUCUCCUGUGUCCUCAGGCCUCCCCUAGGGUGAUGUUUGACUCAACAGUCUAGUCCUUUGUUGUUUUUUUUGCCGAAUGUGGGGGUGAGGGGUCAGAGUUCCAGGUGGUUGUUUCUUUUCCCUGUGAACUUCUAGUCCCUGUGUGGGGAAGGUGGCUGGAAACACUGUUUUGCUAAAUCUCUGGCUUAGAUCUUCUGGCCAGGAAGACCCACGAGAACCUUACUUUUUGACAUACAUUAGUCAUUGGCCAGAGGUCUUGGUGACAGUUCUUUAAAUCCUAAAUAGUUUUCUUUGGGUUAUGUAAAGCCUAUCAAAUUCAUUUAAGUGUGAAACAUGGGAACAACGGAAUUCCACUGAGCGAUAUGAAAACGUUACAGGUUCAGUACUUCCAAAGGAAGAAACCUCCAAACCCAAAAAAGAGUAAAUAUGAAUUUGUAUUUUUGAAGAAUGUGAAACAAUGGUGUUUGCUUAAUUGCUCAUUUUGUAUAAACUUAAUAUUGUACUUUAAAAUAUCUGCUAAGAAGUGAAAAUUUAACUUUUUGGAAUUGAAAAAGCAAUAUUAAAUACUAAUGAGAUCCUAAUUAAAUGCUUAUUUAAAUCUGGUAGUUAUCUGUGGUAUUUCUUCCCAACCCUGCCCCUGGUUGACAGUUUUAAACCAAU